AUGACCACUUCAAACUACUCAAUCUACGCCAUCCCCGCCUUCUACAUCCUCGCCCUCGUCCCGCAGUUCUACAGCACCCUACUCAUAAACCGCGCGACAAACGGCCGGUUCGACAACGUCAACCCGCGCGGCGCCUCGUUCGCGGAAACAUGCAAGAAGAGCCUUGACAAAGCUACCUUGGGCCGCUCUGAGCGAGCCAGAGCCGCCCAUACUAAUGCGCUGGAGAACUUGCCUCUAUUUGCGUCGGCGGUCAUCUGUGCCAACAUGGCGGGGUUGGAGAAGGGAAUGGUCAAUUCGGAUUGA